CCCGCACCAGCCAAGCUCUCGCCUCUCCCCGCCUCGGAAAACUUUGUAGUCUUCAUAGCCACCCCCUAAGUCGCUUCUGCAGAUGCAUUUUCCCCUUGCUAUUAUUAUGUUUUUGUUUUUUUCGAAACACUAGGCACGCAUUCUUUUCUUGCCCUCGCGUGCUUGAGGUCCGGGCGAGAGUCUAUCAUAGCAAUCUUUAAAUCUGGGGAUUUAGUCGUCGUUGCCUAAACAAAACCUAUCAAUCUAUCUAGCUCGCUAUCAAUCUGCAGAUCUAGAAUAUAUUUACAUCCCUCCCCCUUUUCCAGGGGGCUGGCGAGGGUACGGAAAGCGGGGGGAAGGUUUGUUUGCUUGUGGGUUUUUUCCCUUGCCCUCCCCCCUUUUGGAGGCGAAGAGGAGCGGCGGCGGCGGGGGUAGCGGAGCAACCCGCCUGCCCGGUGGCAGCAGCAACAGCGGCGGCGGUGGCAGCGGCGGCGGCGACGGCCCCAGCCCCUUGUCCGCCGCUGCCCGGGGACCGAGUUGUUGUUUUCGAAAGCGAGAACUGGAGCUGGAGCAAAGAGCGGCGGCAGCAGCGAACAGCGGCGGCAGCAGCAGCAGCAGCGAACAGCAGCAGCAGCAGCAGCGAAAAGCAGCAGUAGCUGCAAGCUCGCAAGCUAGCUAACAUGGCGACUGUGCCUGUCUAUUGCAUCUGCCGGCUUCCCUACGACGUUACCCGGUUCAUGAUCGAGUGCGACGCCUGCAAGGACUGGUUCCACGGCAGCUGUGUUGGUGUAGAAGAGGAGGAGGCACCAGAUAUUGACAUUUAUCAUUGUCCAAACUGCGAGAAAACUCACGGGAAGUCUACGUUGAAAAAGAAAAGAAGUUGGCACAAACAUGACACUGGGCAGGUGACUGAUGUCAAACCUGUGCAGAAUGGGAGUCAGAUUUUCAUUAAAGAGCUACGAAGUCGGACUUUUCCCAGUGCUGAAGAUGUGGUGGUGAAGGUGACUGGAAAUCAACUCACGACAGAAUACAUGGAAGAAAAUGGAUUCACAGAACCCAUCCUGGUUCCCAAGAAAGAUGGCUUGGGCUUAGCUGUUCCAGCCCCUACAUUUUAUGUCAGUGAUGUUGAAAACUAUGUUGGACCAGAGAGGAGCGUAGAUGUCACUGAUGUCACCAAACAGAAAGACUGUAAGAUGAAGCUAAAGGAAUUUGUUGAUUAUUACUACAGCACGAACAGGAAGAGAGUCCUGAAUGUCACCAACUUGGAGUUUUCGGACACAAGAAUGUCCAGUUUUGUGGAGCCUCCUGAGAUCGUUAAAAAGCUCUCUUGGGUGGAAAAUUAUUGGCCGGAUGAUGCCUUGCUGGCCAAACCCAAAGUGAACAAGUACUGCCUGAUCUGCGUGAAGGACAGUUACACUGACUUCCAUAUAGACUCUGGAGGGGCCUCAGCCUGGUACCAUGUUCUGAAAGGAGAAAAGAUCUUUUAUCUCAUCAAACCAGCCUCAGCAAAUAUUUCUCUCUAUGAGCGUUGGCAAUCUGCAGCGAACCACAGUGAGAUGUUUUUUGCAGACCAGGUGGAUAAAUGCUACAAGUGCAUGGUUAAACAAGGACAAACUCUCUUCAUUCCAUCAGGUUGGAUAUAUGCAACACUAACCCCUGUAGACUGCUUGGCAUUUGCAGGACAUUUCCUACACAGCCUGAGUGUUGAAAUGCAGAUGAGAGCAUAUGAAGUGGAAAGAAGACUGAAAAUUGGCAGUCUCACUCAGUUUCCAAACUUUGAAACUGCAUGUUGGUAUAUGGGAAAGCAUCUGCUAGAGACAUUCAAAGGUUUGCACAAAUCUGGCCAGCAGCCACCACCUCAUUUAGUUCAAGGAGCUAAAAUUCUCAAUGGUGCUUUCAGGUCUUGGACUAAAAAACAGGCAUUGGCAGAUCAUGAAGAUGAGCUCCCAGAGCAUUGCAAGCCAGCACAACUUAUUAAGGACCUUGCCAAAGAAAUAAGAUUAAGUGAGAAUGCAUCUAAAGUCAGUAAACCUGAAGUGAGUGCCAAUGUCACCCCCGAGGAAACCUGUCCAAUGAAGAAGGAGGAACCCCCAUCUCCCAUCCAAAUCCCCCCACCUCCACCUCCAGGAGAAAAAGCCACUAAAAAAAAGACUCCUAAGACUGUAAAAAUGCCCAAGCCACCCAAGCCCCCCAAGCCCCCCAAGCCCCCCAAACCUCCCAAACCCCCCAAGCCUCCUAAGGUGCAGAAGGUCAAGGAAGGAGGCAAGAAGAAAGGGAAGAAAACCAAGGAGAGUGCUCCUCCCACCAUUCCCAACCUCGACCUGCUGGAGGCACACACAAAGGAGGCAUUGACGAAGAUCGAGACACCAAAGAAGGGGAAGGCUGCAAAGAAUGUUUUAAGUGUUCCUAGUAAGGAAGUUGUUAAUAAACAGAGUGAAGUGGAAAGAUUUGAAAUUCGAGAGCAGAACAAGAGCAAAACAGAAGCCAAGUGGAAAUACAAGAACAGCAAACCUGAUUCGUUAUUAAAAAUGGAAGAAGAACAGAAGUUGGAAAAAAAUUAUUUAUCAGGAAAUAAGGACAAUAAAUUUACCUUUUCCUUCACCAACAAAAAACUGCUGGGUUCCAAGGGAAUUAAAACCCACAUGAGUCCUGGACUAUUUGGUUCCUUACAAAAUUUCAAAGACAAAACAAAGCCAGUACGGGAUGAAUAUGAAUAUGUCUCAGAUGAUGGAGAACUGAAAAUCGAUGAAUUUCCAAUUAGAAGGAAGAAAAAUACUACAAAAAGAGAUUUGUCCUUUCUAUCAGAUAAGAAAGAAACUUUACAGCACACUCCAGUUAAGAAGCCAAAGGUCGAAUCAGUGUUGUACAAGAGUGAUGACUCAUCGGAUGAGGACUCUCUCCAUAUCGACACAGAGGCAAAGCCAGGCCGCAAUUCCAAAGUAAAGAAGGAGAGUGGGAGUUCAGCGGGAAUUCUCGAUCUUUUACAGGCGAGCAAAGAAGUGGGCGGAUUAGAGUAUAACACAAACAGCCAGCCACCUGCCUCCCCCAGCACGCAGGAAGCCAUUCAGGGAAUGUUGUCUAUGGCAAACCUCCAGUCCUCAGACUCCUGCCUGCAGACUUCAUGGAGUGCCAGCCAAGCAAAGAACAACUCCAUCUCAGCCCAGAAUUCCAAGAAGAAUGGAGGUGGCAGUAACAAAAAUGCGGGCAAGCGGCUCAUGAAGAAAAGCACAAAAAACAGCAUUGACAUCGAAGACUACGAUGAGGACCAAGAUCACCUGGAUGCCUGCUUUAAAGACUCGGAUUAUGUUUACCCCUCCCUCGAAUCAGAUGAAGAUAAUCCGGUAUUCAAAUCACGAUCGAAGAAAAGAAAAAGUUCAGAUGAUGCCCCCUAUAGCCCAACAGCAAGGGUUGGACCAUCGGUACCUCGGCAAGACAGGCCAGUGCGAGAGGGGACAAGAGUGGCCUCCAUUGAAACUGGGUUGGCAGCAGCAGCAGCCAAGUUAUCCCAACAGGAGGAACAAAAGGGAAGGAAGAAGAAGACUGCCAAAAAGAAGCUGGCUCCCAACAACACCAAUAAAGUCUCCCAGGAAAGCAGCUCCCCAGAGCCCAAGCUAGAGUCCCAUCCCAGCAGCCUAACUGAUCAUGAGUACACUGCAGGAGCAAGCACAUUUGGAGUUGCCCAGGUCAAUCGAGGCUCUCAGCCUAUGGCCCCUGGAGUUUUCCUCACACAGAGGAGGCCGUCCUCGUCAUCCCAGAACAAUGCAGCUGCCAAAGGAAAACGCACGAAAAAAGGCAUGGCGACAGCCAAACAGAGGCUUGGGAAGAUUUUGAAAAUACAUCGGAAUGGGAAAUUACUUCUUUAAUAGUUGGGAACCUGGGACUUUCUCCGAAGCUCAGGACUUCUUGAGCUGACACUAAUUCUUCAACUCUUGGAGGACUUGAGUGUUAUUGUGCAUCAUCCUAGGGACAAUACCAGUUAACUUUUUGUCACCACUUUAAUAAUUGUUUUUAACUUUCAGCAGUUAAAGUGUACAGAAUACUGCUAUAAAUAUUUUUUCAUAGAGAUGUCCUUUCUCAAAUUGCUGAGAGUGACUAGUUCGCAAAAAUUUAAUCCAAGAAAUUGAGGAUCAUUCCAAUUUUAGGAAAGUAUCCCUUGAACUUGUUCAUAAGUGCAAAACUGGUUUUAAGAGAAUGCACAUUGUUUCAAUUACCCUUCCUUUAAGAAAGAACGAGUGUACCAACUCUAAAAGGUAUCUGGUCAAGUAGCAUAUACAAUGAGGUCUGAGUUUGAAAAAUUCCGUACCCAACAGAGGUAAAAAAAUGACUAAAAGAGGUCUCCUCUUUUUCUUUCCAAAUUGUUUUUUUUUUCAGAUGCUAUAAAGAAUGCAGAGAGCACUCUACUUAAUUUAUAAGUUCAUUUUGCAUUGUCCUUUCCUGUUACUAGAUUUGCUAACAGGAGUGAGUGAAGAGUUGUAACUGCACAAGAGCACUUCUCGCCUCUCAAAAACUAAUUUUGAGAGGACCGUGGAGUCUAGGGAUGGUGUUUGUUUAUGCACAGGGGCAUUGGUGCGUGGGCAUUUCACCAGCCCACAUAGAGUAUGGAGGGCUUAUCUGUAGUUUGUGUUUGUAGCUAAGGCUUUUGUGUUCCCCUGAGCUCAGAGGCCAGGUUUCUUGCCAACUGACACACGUGCUAGACUAGAAGUGAGUUUGCCCAGUCCUCCUCUCUCGUGGGGGUUGCAGUCUCACGAAAACUCGUGUUUGGGAAAACUCGUGCUGUAGUACUUGCCAUGUGCUACGCGGCACGCCUUGUCCAAACAGGCUCCCGCUGGGGGAAGAUUGUUUCCUGAUUCUUUAAUCGGGUUCUAGCCAAGAGGCAGUCAGAACCCACCUUCUGGCAGAACUUUGUGUACUGAAAUCAGUGCUCAGUGGGCAGUGAGGGGCUCACUCUGCCUGCACUUCACUGCAGGAUAGGAAGUCCACUCUCACAACUGGCUCUUAUCAAAGCACUUCUUAGCGGUUAUGUUUGCUUAAGCUCUGGGAACUAGGGCUAAGUGUUUGAAAUGGGAAUGUUGAGCUUAUUGACAAUUUGACUGGAUACUUUUGUCUUUUAACUCUUUUAGUGUUUGGUGUUGAGUGCAUUUAUUUUACAUUAAAUUGCUUGCCUGCACAUAAACACUGAGGAGUUAAAUUUGUUUCUCAGGCAAUCCCCUAUUUUAAUUUUCAAUGUGUUUACUAAGGCAUAUUUUUCAUAGAAUGUAGCUUGUAAAUAGCUUUUUAAAUAACUUCUUUUUUAUAAGAGUAAAGUAUCUUUAGAAAUUUCUUUCUAUAGAAUACUUCAUUAACAUUUAUACAAGUUUUUGCUGAGUAUGAUAAACCGUUGUAUUUUAGUUUGAUUCUACAAUUUUUUUUCCUUUGGGAAUUCGGUGUUGCCUGAAAAACAAGCCAAGUUUGUGCAGCCUUAUACUAUGUCUUAGACAGAAUCAGAUAGUACAAAAAAAUCUAUUUAAGACACAUUUUGAAGGUAAAUCUUCAAUUUUAAUACCAGCUCUUUGUUUUAAUUCUUGUAUUAUGAGGGGGAUACAGUUAUUUUACUAGCACCUUGUGAAGUGUUUCUGUGUUUUGUGAUGAUGUAAUUUAUUAAUGUUUGUAGCUUUUUAUAUUUGUACAUUUCUUAUGAGCUUUGUUUAUAUACCAUUUACCUGGAUGUAAUGUCCAUAAAAAAACAGCUACAGGAAACAACUGAGGCCUUAUUAACUAACAUUUAUACUGUUAUAGUGGGACAUAGGUUAUGAAUGCUAGAAGUCUAUGAAAGUUAGUUAAAAAGGGCCCCAGACUUAUGCAGAACAGGUUUUUUUAAGCUUCCCUUGACACUGUUCUUGUUGAGCAUUUAUAUAAUAUAAUCCAGUUAUCAUUGCUGUUUUUUUAUUAUUAUUUUCGCAACAUGUACAUUUCUAACAAAGUUUAUUGUGGCUAUUACAGUGUUUUAUUUACCAAUUCAUAUCAAAUGUUCUUGUAUCAAGUUCAUGAAAUCUAAGUAAACUUAGAUCAAAGUUUAAAAAAGUAAAAUAUUUCAGGUUUUUUACAGAACAAUGUUUUUGUAGUUUUCUACUAACUUGGCCCAUAUCACUAUAAGUAUCUAGACUCUUACUUUAAAGGAGAAUUCCCUCCCACCCCCCACCAAUUACACACAUGCAGACACACUCCCCCUCACGUGAUCCUUUGGGUCUCUUGUUUUAUUCUCCCAUAGCAGCUGCCACGGCAGUCUGCACUGGAGAGUUCCUGUGGCUGAACUUUCAACUCUCUAAGAAUAAAAACGUAAGUGGGCUUUGAGAUUUGCCACAGGGUUCAAAGCCCAUUUUGGAGUGGUUUUGUUCUGGCAGCAGCAGAACUACACUGACAGCAGAGGUGGCAUGUGGGAGGCCAGCUACACUAUUAAUAGUGGCUCUGACGCGGGAUCAUUUUCUUAAGCACUGAUUCUAAGAGAGGGGCCAUAGUUCCCAAAUCUUAUCCUAGUUUCAGAGGAAUUCAGGAGUUCCAAUUGGAAUCACUUAGGUGUUUCUCCUAGCACAGAAACUGUAAGGAAGAAGAGGUAAAGAAAAAAAAUACAUGGCAUGGUGAUCCUAGAGGGGGGAAAAUAGUCUCAUUUCUUAUCUUAAAAAGCACUUGUUAUUAUAAUCUGAUGCUCUUUAAAUUUCAGCUGUCUGUCUCUGGCUAAUUUUCUCCUGAUCAAGGGAGAGCUUGGGAAAAGGCAUUGUUUUUUUAAUUGAUGUUCUUACCCAUAAAGACUUAGAACUCA